AUGGCAAGCUUGUACAUGAUCAACAACAGUGUAAACACCUUAACACCACCGUCGUCACUUCCUCUCCUUCCUUACCUGCGUUAUUGCCACUACAUUGCUAUCGCUAUCCCUCCUCCACAAGCGGUGAAUUCUACUCAACUUCUUCAUAAACAAACUUGGAAGAUGAAUAAUCAGAGGUUGUCAAUUGGGAUGACACCCAAAACUCUAAGGCUUCCUAAGCCCGGUGAGAUGCUUCUUUCUGUGCAUGGCUCGCCACUUGGUGUUUAUAAAGAAGACAACAUGGAAACAAUACACGAGUCAGAAGAUGGUUGA